CUUUAAUUUCAUGCUGGUCCUUUCUUACGUAUGAAAAUAGAUUCAGUAACUUUUGUUCUUCUUUUUUUCUUACUCUUUUUAAAACAGGGACAUUUCAGUCAUUCCACACCACUCACAAUUCUGAACUUCGUUAUAACAACCAUCCAAGUUAAAAACGCAAACACAAAAAAAACUGAAUGGAGAACCACCAUUUGAACUUCACACAAAAAGAUGACGUGGCAGUAAAAACCGUUACACCCGAGAAUUCAGCCGCGAAUUCCGGAAACGUCCGUGGCGGAACACGUCAUCCGGUUUACCACGGAGUCCGGAAACGGCGGUGGGGAAAAUGGGUAUCGGAGAUUCGAGAGCCGCGGAAGAAGUCGCGGAUAUGGUUAGGGUCUUUUCCGGCGCCGGAGAUGGCUGCGAAGGCUUACGACGUGGCUGCGUACUGUUUGAAAGGGCGUAAUGCGCAGCUUAAUUUUCCAGAUGAAGUGCAUCGUCUUCUUCCGUUGCUUCCUCCGCCGUCUUCGUGUACGGCUAGGGAUAUUCAGGCAGCGGCGGCUAAAGCAGCUCGCAUGAUGGUUACAAAAGCGGAGAAUGGUAGCAUUGAUUCCGGUGGUGGUGGUGAUGAUUUUUGGGGGGAGAUUGAGUUGCCGGAGCUUGUGAACGGAACGUGGUGGACUUACUCUGUUAACGUUGCGGCGGUGCCGGAGAUUGAACUUCCAUAGCAGUAAUCUUUCACGGCGUGUCUCUAGUGUGUAUUAAUUAUAUAAUGAUUAAUGAGUAAUGAGUAAUUAAGCUAUCUUUAUUUUUAUACUUAAUCAUAAUCAUAAUUGAACAAUUAUGACUAUUUGUGUUUUUCUGAUAAUAAUAAUAAUUGUAAUUGUAGUUAUAAUUAAUAUUUUCUUUCUUAGUAAAAAAAAAAACUUAAUA